AUGCCUCCCCAGUCUGACAGCAGGAUGUCAAAGCGCCAGUCUUCAAAGCGCCAGUCUUCAAAGCCCAAGCUCUCAAAGGAGGAGGUAGAAGAGAUCAUGCGUCUCAACCAGAAGAACUCGCCUUUCCUUCGCCUGCCUAGUGAGAUACGCAACAAGAUUUACGCACUUGUGCUUGGAGGAAAGACUAUUCAUUGGAGGCUUGGCUCACCAAACGAGAAACCAAGUUAUUCGAAGCACCGGUAUCUUGAGAUUUGGGGCCCGGAGUAUCUGGGAAAAAAGAAGCUUUCCUGCUACGACCAUUCCCAGAGACAGGUCAUCCGGUUAUCUUCUCUGGCCUCGCUCCCCGCGGUCUGCCGUCAAAUUCGCACAGAAGCAUACUUUCUCCCUUUCACUCUCAACGAUUUCGAGGUAUAUCCUGCUGAUGUCAUCGACUUUAUCGACGGGGAAAUUUGGCACACGGCGCAAGACAUCUUGAGCAGGAACCAUUAUAUCAAGGAACAUGUAUGGGUUGGUUCAACGGCUAUGAUGUGGUUUCAGGGUCUCAAGCGCGUGAUAAUCCCAAAGUGGAGUAAAUGUGAACGCACUAUGCGCCCUGACGAGGCAAGGGACAAGAAGAAGUUUAUCAUGGAAUUGUUCCGGAACUUUGCUCAGAACAAGGAUAUUGAGUUCGUCUUUGAGCAGUAG